AUGUCAAAUCAAGUGAUCAAAACAUUUAGUAAUCAACAUAAGUUACCAAGGUUACCUAUUCCUUCAUUAGAAGAGAGUACAACAAGAUAUUUAAAUUCACUUAAACCUCUUCUUUCAUCUAAAGAAUUUGAAUGUACUAAACAACAUAUAAAAGAUUUUAUUAAACCUGGUGGACUUGGACAAAGAUUACAUCAGCGAUUAAUCGAUAUUGAUCGAAUUUCUCCACAUAAUUGGCUUGAUGAUACCUGGUGGAUAAAAAAAGCUUAUCAUGAAUGGAGAGUUCCAGUAAUUAUUAAUUCAAACUGGUAUCUUUUAUUUAUUGAUGAUCCAAAUACUCCAAAAGAAUAUUUUACAAAUAAUAAUGGAAUUUGCCCAAAAGGACAAUUUUCUGAAUGGCAAAUUAAAAGAGCUGCUCAUUUAAUUGGAAAAAUGUUAGAUUUUAAAAACUUAAUUGAUACAGAAAGCCUUCCUCCAGAUAAAACACGUGCUUAUCCUUUAUGUAUGCAUCAAUAUACACGUGUUUACGGUAUUACUCGUAUACCAAAACUUAAUUGUGAUGAAUUAGUGUAUACUUCACAUCCUGCUCCUGCUAGACAUAUACUUAUUAUUGCAAAAGAUCAGUUUUAUAUUUUGGAUGGUUAUGAUAAAGAUGGACAAAAAUACAAUGAUGGAGAUAUUGAAAUUCAACUUCAUCAAAUAAUCAAUGAUGUUUUAAAAACACAACUUGAUCCUCCAAUUGGAGUACUUACAGCUGAUAAUCGUGAUUCUUGGGCUGUGGCACGUGAAAAUUUACUUGCAAAUUCGUUACAAAAUCGAGAAACUUUAACAUUAAUUGAAAAUGCAUUAUUUGUAAUUAGUUUGGAUGAUUAUUCAACAGGAAUGGAUCUUGAUAAAUUUAAUCGAAAUAUGUUUCAUGGAUUAGAUGCUCAUAAUCGUUGGUUUGAUAAAGCAAUGUCUAUUGCUAUAGAAAGUAACGGACGAGCAGCUAUGAAUGGAGAACAUUCACCUUGUGAUGCUCUUAUACCUUCAAUCAUUUCUCAAUGGAUUGUUCUUGAACCAACUUUACCAAACGCACCAGUUUCUGGACGUUCAAUUAUUCCACCACAAAGAAUUAGAUUCAUAACAAAUGAACAAACAUUAAAAGAUAUUAUUGAAGCAGAAAAGAGAAUUAGUCCUAUAAUUGCUGAUUCUGAUGCAUUAAUAUUACAAUUUUCAGAAUAUGGUGCUCAUUUUAUUAAAAAAAUUGGUAAAUGUUCACCUGAUGCAUAUUUACAAAUGGUAUUACAAUUAGCAUAUUUUAUAACACAUAAAAAAGUUGUUCCAACUUAUGAAACUGGAUCAACUCGAAAAUUUUUACAUGGACGUACUGAUACAAUUAGAACACUUAGUUUAGAAAGUAAAGCAUUUGUACAACAAAAAUAUGAUUUAUUACUAUCAGCAACAAAAACACAUAAUAUUUAUACACAAGAUGUUUCAAAUGGCAAAGGUUGUGAUCGUUAUUUAUUAGGAUUAAGACUUUUACUUCAAAAUGAUGAAUCCCAUCCAAUUUUUACCGAGUCAAUUUUUGCUAAAAGUCAAGAAUGGAUUUUAAGUACAAGUGAAUAUAUAUUGAAGUUUGGUAUUGAAUCAAAAUAUUCUUCUUCUGAAACAGAUUCAAAUACACUUAGACAAAAUAUUAUUAAUGCAUUAAAAGAGAUGAGAAAUAUUUGUGAACAAAUAAAUGGUAAUUAUGAAACAACAGGUAGAUUAUAA